CUCUCUCUCUCUCUCCCUCUCCCUCUCCCGAGAUCCCUUUCACUCUUUCCAGGCUUUUCUCUUCUUUCCUUCUUUUAAGCUCCGGAAUGAAGAAAUGGCUCCUGAUCGCUGCGACGGUGGCGAUAAUCGCCGUAAUCGCAAGGCAAGGCGGCACCGGAUGGAGUAAGGAAGCAGCGUUAGAAGCUUUAAAAGAAUGGUCGGAUCGGCUCGGGAUUUGGGCGAUUCCGACGUACGUAGCGGUUCACACGGUAACACUAGCUCUAUGCCUCCCUCACGCCGUCUUCUUUGAAGCUGGUGCCUCUAUCCUCUUCGGUUUCCUCCCUGCUCUUCUCUGCGUCUUCUCCGCUAAAGUUCUCGCCGCUUCCUUCUCCUUCUGGAUCGGCAGGUUUGUUUUCAAGAGUUCAAGCAAAGCAACAGCGUGGGCGCAUAACAACAAGUACUUCAAUAUUCUCUCAAGAGGAGUGGAGCGAGAUGGUUGGAAGUUUGUUCUGCUUGCUAGGUUCUCGCCCAUCCCUUCUUACGUCAUCAACUACGCCUUAGCAGCAACCCAAGUCCGGUUCCUUGCUGAUUUUCUCUUCCCCACUGUUAUUGGCUGCCUCCCGAUGAUCUUGCAGAAUGCAUCUGUGGGUAGCCUCGCUGGCAUGGCUGUGGCUUCAGUUGCUGGAAAACCCAAAACUCAACUCUGGGGUUAUGUCUUCCCUGUACUUGGGGUACUCUCAAGUGUUCUCAUUACAAUGAGGGUCAAAAGGUACUCUGCUGGAAUUACAGAUACUUCUCCGUCUGCUGACACCUCUAGUUUAGCUUCUUCCAAGAAAAGCGAGUGAUGAUACAGAACAUGAUGGUUGUUCAUGGUUUGCCCAUACACCUUUCUGUCUGGCAGCAAUCAGAUUCUGAACUUCAUUGCUUAAUUUAGGCAAAGUAGGCAGUAUCUUCAAAAGGAACAGGAUGUUAUAGCUUUUUUGUUGUUCUUUAUGUGUAAGCUUUGAACAAAACGCUACACUUUCUUGAGUUGAAUUUUAAAAUUUGACAAAACAUAAAACCCCAUGAAAUUUUGCAUCUCCAAAA